AUGUUCUCUGCCCGUAACGUUGCCCGAUCGGCGCCCCGCGUCGUCUCCCGCCUCUCUGGCGCCGCUCUGCGACAGACUGCCCGUCCCAGCGCCUUCAUCAAGGCUUCUUCGGCCUUGCGACCUGCUCAGGCCGCUUUCUCUACCACUGUUUUCCGAAAGGCCGCCGAGAACGAUGGCGAGCUUCUGGCCAAGCUCGAGAGCGAGAUCAAGAUCGAGGAGGAUAUGAAGGCCGAUGAGCAGGACCCUGCCAGCAUCAAGGACUUCCUUAACAACAGUGCCUUUGAGCUUAUCGACACUCCCGGCCAGGAGGUUGUCAAGCUGGUCCGCGACUUUGGUGAGGAGAAGAUCACCAUCAGCUUCUCUAUUGCCGAUAUCACCAGCUAUGACCCUUACGCCGAGGAGAAUGGCCUCGAGGAGGAAGGUUUCGAGGAUGAGGGUUCCCAGGGCAGCCAGCGCAACGCCCGCGCCAACGAGGAGCUCGAGGAGGACCUUGAUGAGGAUGCUGAGGAGAACGCCGCUCCUAUCAACCUGUCCAUCGUCGUUGAGAAGCCUGGCAAGGCCUCCGGUGCCCUCAACAUUGAUGCCACUGCUCAGGACGGCCACAUUGUCGUCGAGAACCUCUUCUACUACGAUGAUGCCAAGGUCGCCAAGGUCGAGUCCCCCGAGGCCGCUCAGAAGCGUGCCGACGUCUACCCCGGACCUCCCUUCGGUAGCCUCGAUGACGACCUCCAGGUCCUCAUGGAGCGCUUCCUCGAGGAGCGUGGCAUCACUCAGGCUCUUGCCAUCUUUGUCCCUGACUAUGUCGACGUCAAGGAGCAGCGUGAGUACACUCGAUGGUUGAACAAUGUCAAGGCUUUCAUCGACGUUUAA